CGCUUGUCCAUAGCCAGAACCAGAAAGAAGCUGAAAAGGGCAAAAAGAUAGAAUCCAUCCAAUGCUGGUUCAUUUGUUUUUGGUUUCUGGCGCAGUGACAAAUCCGUGUGCGUUGCUGCCUAACCUUUCUCUCUGUAGAGGUUAUUCUCGCACAAAGCUGAUCGGAUUCGGCUUUAGGUGUGCCUUUUGAAGAUCAGAAGCGACCCAUAAGACGAAAGUUGUCUUUUUUAUCUCUGCCCAUCUCUCAGCAGCUCAGUUUCUCCAGCAGGUUCGGGUCAUUUCUGUGCCCAUUACACUUCUUGAUUUUGUUUCUUGGAACCAUGAUUAAGCUCUUCAAAGUAAAGGAAAAGCAGAGAGAAAAUGCUGAAAAUGCAAAUGGAAGGGGACCUGUAAAGAAGCAAACUGCUGGGGAGUUGCGCCUUCACAAAGAUAUCAGUGAGCUGAACCUGCCAAAAUCAUGUGCAAUAACCUUUCCAAAUGGAAAGGAUGACUUGAUGAGCUUUGAGGUCUCAAUUCGGCCUGAUGAAGGAUAUUAUGCAGGUGGCAACUUUGUGUUCGCUUUUCAAGUUUCUCCAAUCUACCCACAUGAGGCACCGAAAGUGAAGUGUAAAACCAAGGUCUACCAUCCCAAUAUUGACUUGGAAGGAAAUGUUUGCCUCAACAUCUUGCGCGAAGACUGGAAGCCUGUGCUGAAUAUAAACACCGUCAUCUAUGGAUUGUAUCACCUUUUCACGGAACCGAAUUCUGAGGAUCCCCUCAAUCACGAUGCCGCUGCUGUGUUGAGGGACAACCCGAGGAUUUUCGAGACUAAUGUUAGGCGGGCUAUGGCGGGUGGCUACGUGGGUCAAAUUUUUUUCCCCAGGUGUAUAUAGCUUCUGUCAGAUAUGCACUUGCAUUAACUGUGAACCUGUUGUAUCAGUGUCUGAAUGCAUGUCUUGCCAUAUAAAUCAUAUGUUAAUCCACCUUGCUGAGAAGAAUUGGGGCAGAAAUUUCUCUGGACAAGCAAGUGAAUCUAAGAGGUUAGAUUUCUGUUAGCUUAUGUGACCCUUGGUCGGAAUAUCAGUCAUGCUGUUGGAAUGAUGCUCAUAAGCAGUAGGCAUUAUGCUGUAAGGAAAAUGCUCUCUCUCUCUCUCUCUCUCUC